AUGGCAUAUCCCACCAUCGCGAUCGGCCAUCUGCUCAUCCAAAUCAAUGGAUUUCCUGUGGACUCUGAGGAAUACCUUACCCAAAACUUGCUAUCCUGCCGCGAGAGAUGUGACAAAGGGGUGCCUCUGCCAUACGAUUCCCCCGACGGCUCACAUCUCGCUACUCACGCGGAAUUGUACCCCCAAAUUCUGGCAAUGAACCCGGCUCUGAGAAUCCAGGAUUCGUUCUUCUAUAUCUGCGCCGCGACACUAUCGUAUGGCUUAUUAACACCGACGAAGCCCAGGACUGUCAUGAAAAGUGUUCUCUUCGCGGUUGGACUUGCGUGGUGCUGUGCUGUGAAAAUCGCCUUGAUGGUUAAACUUAGCCGCAAUGGUGACAGCAGCAGUACUAUGGGAUUUCCCAUGGAAGUCUUGGUGGGCCUCGUUUUACACAGCUGUUUGCCUCUGACCAAAUUAUACGCCGCUCUUAUUUCGCCCAUUUUCGUUCUGACCAUUCCAGCGAUCAUGUUGGCCAACUUAUACUUGACGCUCAUCUUCUUCUCUACAGCUAUUGGCUUUAUGUGGAAUAUUCUUUUCGUUAGGUUCCAUUCUUCAACCUGCUUCGCAUUCUUGCUUCGCCUCAGAUCGAGGUUGACAUACUUUUCUAG